AUGUCGACGAGCGAACGACUUUCUCGAGAACAAAAGGGAAAGAUGAUUUCGAGCACCACUGGUCCCGAUAGUGAUCUGGAGAGGGUUCGCGGGUCCGGCGAUAGUGUGGAGGCGGCUCAUCGCGAGGCGAUGAUGGAUACCGAGAACAUGACCCGAGAGCAGCGUAUGCUCGUCUCGGUAGCGAUGGUUCAAUCUCGCGCAGACGAUGACGGAGACGAUGGCUCCCCUGACGACGGGAUGACUCCCUACUGCUUCUACCCGGGAAAUAUUUUCGAGGAGCAGCGCAGACUCGAUCCGUCGCGAGCUCGUCCCUCUGUAGUUGAGGGGCAAGACUGGAGGAACGUUUUACCGACGCGAUCCACAUUCGAGUCGGUGACAAAGCUGCUGAAGAGAAGCAAGGCGACCGGGGUUACAUUCAUAAUCCCGUCAGAGACCCAAAGGCCGUGGUCCCCCCCCGAAGGGAUAUCAGUGCGUAUACGAGUCGUACUUCGAAAAGGACACGAACUAUGGUUUCCGAUUCCUCGACUCGUCACCGCCUACACGAUGCGCCGAGGAGUCGCUUUGAGCCAGUUCUUGAAUGGCGCUUGGCGUCUGGCAGUUGCGCUGAUGGUGAUUGGGGCGGAAGCUGGCGCUGCUCUCAGUGUCCGAGCAUUUGAGGAGCUGGUCUCGGUGAAGAUUAAUCGAGGCCUGUUAUCACUGAAGAUACGCCCGAACUAUAAUGUGGUAACGGGCUAUCCGACCAAGACGAACGAUUGGCAGCGAUCGUACUUCUAUGUUAAAUCCGAUCGCUCGGCUUUCGAGGAGCCGCUGAAGACCGGUUACCGUGUUCUUUGGAACAACGAAUUUGUUCCUCACUCGAAUACCGCGGAGUACGAAGAAGAUUUCUUGGAGAGUGCUCGGAUUGUCGCGUCCCAGAAACAGGACUUUUGGGAGAACUUCUCGUACAGGAGGAUUCGUAGGUCGAUUGAUCGGAUCAAGCAGCAGGUUUGGCGUUCGGACACCGUUCCUCUCAUCACCAAGAAGUCGAAGAGAUCGAACUUGUUCACCAAAGCCGAGCAGAUUGAAAUUAACCGAGCCAGAGCUAUGAGGGAAUUACCGGAUCUAAGUUUGGUGGUUGGGAAGCAAGCCGGGUUCAUGGAACCGGACCAAAGCUCUAACGCAAACUCCUCCGAUCCCGGGGAGCCGAGAGCGGCUGAGUCGGAUGGGGCUCAGCUCAUGAGAAAGACGGGAGCAAGAGGAAGGAGAGGGAAGACAUUUCUUCCGAGGAGAAGCAAGCCGAGGAGACUUCCACCGGGCGGGCGCCGGAUCGGAGAAGAAGCGGGCGCGCAAGGAUCCCGUAGCGCCCAGUACGGAAAGGAAACCGUGGAGGCUCCGACCACCGCCGUUUCCCUCCCAAAGGCGGCGGUUCGUGAAGAUGCCCGGGGAUCGAACAGGUCCUCUCCGAAGGCUCAGGAGGGUAAGGCUGUGCCGAAGAACCUGCAAGGGUUUUGCCCGGACAAAGUGGACUUCAUUUUCAAACGGGACACUCCUCUCGUUUGUAACGAGAGAGAUUGCGCUCGUUUCGUCCGCCAAGUCCGGGGAAGUAGGGAGCAUCUCCCACUCGUCAAAGACUUAGUUUUCCAAGACGACUACACCGCUGCUGCCGGUUCCUCGGUUAAGAGCCAAGGUGACUGGAACGAGGUCGUCCGCAAAUACGACAAGGAGCUGAAGAGGACCUAUAGUGUGAUUGAUAGGCAACGGCACAACACCAGGAGGCGACUGUCGCCUUAG